UGGGGGAGGGGAGCGGCCCUCCCCGCCCGCGGGAUCCGCUCGCGCCGGGAGCGGGUUAAUUUCAAAUCAAGGGCUUGGCUGCUCCUGGACGGUCACGCUUUCUCUGUCCGCCAGCCGGCCCGCCAGUCCCGGUCCCGGCGUCUGUCUCCGGCACCCACCUCGGCGCGGCGGAAAGACGGACUGACUGCCAGGAUAUUAAAACUUUUAGUACAAUUUAUUGGACUACCUGAAACAUCGGGAUUUGGGGAGGAACUCCAGAUUUUUCCUUUUUAAACUCUAAAUGUAUGAGAAAUUUACAGAAUGGAGAAUGAAAAGAUCAGCACAUCUCAGAUGCACAUGCCGGCAAGGAGCUCCUGUUGAGUCCACCACACUGACUUCCUUGUAAGAGCACCAUACUCCAGUGAGAAUAUCUGGAUUCCAGUCCUGUGUGACCUCUCUCAGCCUGCAUCUUUUCUUCUGCAAGAUAGGAAUGCAGGUUUCUAUUAACAUAUAAAUGAAAAAGCACUUGAUAAACCCAAGAUUUCACAAUAUGUUAAAUCGUCCCAUUAAUCCACGUUCUUAAAGGAAAAUCUCUUUUGUGAGCCACAUAAAAGGGGACUAAUGAAAACACCUCUGAAAGAAUCCACCACAGCAAAUAUCGUGUUGGCAGAGAUCCAGCCUGACUUUGGCCCUUUAACCACACCCACCAAGCCCAAGGAAGGCUCCCAGGGAGAACCAUGGACACCGACAGCCAACCUGAAAAUGCUCAUCAGUGCUGUGAGCCCUGAGAUCCGGAACAGAGAUCAGAAAAGGGGAUUGUUUGACAACAGAAGUGGAUUACCUGAACCCAAAGACUGUUUACACGAACACUUAUCUGGAGAUGAGUACGAGAAAUCUCAACCAAGUCGAAAAGAGAAAAGUUUAGGAUUAUUGUGCCAUAAAUUCUUAGCACGAUAUCCUAAUUAUCCCAACCCUGCUGUGAAUAACGACAUCUGCCUUGAUGAGGUGGCAGAGGAACUUAAUGUUGAACGUCGACGCAUUUACGAUAUCGUGAAUGUCCUAGAGAGUUUACAUAUGGUGAGCCGCCUCGCCAAAAACAGGUACACUUGGCACGGGCGACACAAUCUCAACAAAACCCUCGGCACCUUGAAGAGCGUCGGGGAGGAGAAUAAGUAUGCUGAGCAGAUUAUGAUGAUCAAAAAGAAGGAAUAUGAGCAAGAGUUUGAUUUUAUUAAGAGUUACAGUAUAGAGGAUCAUAUCAUCAAAUCAAACACUGGCCCAAAUGGACACCCAGACAUGUGUUUUGUGGAACUCCCUGGAGUGGAAUUUCGAGCAGCUUCUGUAAACAGCCGCAAAGACAAGUCUUUAAGGGUAAUGAGCCAGAAAUUUGUGAUGCUGUUUUUGGUGUCAACGCCUCAGAUAGUAAGCCUAGAAGUUGCUGCCAAGAUUUUAACUGGGGAGGACCAUGUGGAAGAUCUGGAUAAAAGCAAGUUUAAAACAAAAAUUAGGAGGUUGUAUGAUAUAGCUAACGUUCUGAGUAGCCUGGAUCUUAUCAAGAAAGUUCAUGUUACAGAGGAAAGAGGCCGAAAACCAGCUUUUAAAUGGACAGGCCCAGAAAUAAGCCCAAAUACCAGUGGCUCCAGCCCUGUGAUUCCUUUCAUUCCCUCUGAUUUGGAGUUGAAUCGGUCUUCAAAAGAGAACUGUGCCAAAAACCUGUUUUCCACACGUGGGAAACCAAACUUUACUCGACACCCUUCUCUUAUCAAAUUGGUAAAGAGCAUAGAAAGCGAUCGGAGAAAGAUAAAUUCUGCUCCCAGUAGCCCUAUCAAGACCAGCAAAGCUGAGAGUUUUCAGAAUUCUGCACCCUUCCCAAGUAAAAUGGCUCAGCUCGCCGCUAUUUGUAAAAUGCAGUUAGAAGAGCAAUCAAGUGAAUCCAGACAGAAAGUGAAAGUACAGCUGGCAAGAUCUGGGUCAUACAAACCAGUGGCCCCUCUGGACACCCCAGUGAAUGCUGAGAUGGAGCUGACAGCACCAUCCCUCAUGCAGCCCUUGGGAGUGGUUCCCCUGAUCCCCAGCCCAUUGUCAUCAGCAGUGCCCCUGAUCCUACCUCAGGCCCCUUCAGGCCCAUCCUAUGCUAUCUACCUGCAGCCCGCUCAAGCCCACCAAAGUGUGACGCCACCCCAAGGCCUGAGCCCACCAGUCCACUCCACCCACUCUUCUAAGGCUACUGGAUCAAAAGACUCAACAGACACCACCACUGAGAAGGCAGCCAAUGAUACCUCAAAGGCCAGUUCCUCUAGCAGGCCUGGAAGCUUGCUGCCAGCACCAGAGAGGCAAGGGGCCAAGAGCCGAAACAGGGAGCUGGCUGGAGAAAGAGGCUCAAAGAGGGCAAGCAUGCUCGAGAACAGUGGUUCCAAAAAGAAAUUUAAAGAGGACCUAAGAGGACUUGAAAAUGUCUCCGCAACCUUGUUCCCAUCAGGAUACCUAAUCCCUCUCACCCAGUGCUCAUCCCUGGGGGCAGAGUCCAUUUUGUCUAGUAAAGAAAACUCAGGUGCUCUUUCCCCAAACCACAGGAUUUACAGCUCCCCAAUUGCAGGUGUUAUUCCAGUGACAUCAUCUGAACUCACUGCUGUUAAUUUUCCCUCUUUUCAUGUAACACCUUUGAAGCUAAUGGUCUCACCAACUUCCGUGGCAGCUGUACCUGUCGGGAACAGCCCGGCUCUCGCUUCAAGCCACCCCAUUCCCAUCUACAACCCAAGCUCAGCCAUUGUAAACUUCACCCUGCAGCACUUGGGACUCAUCUCACCCAGUGUGCAGAUGUCUGCCAGCCCUGGGCCUGGACUCGUUCCUGUGUCUCCAAGAAUAGAGGCUGUUAAUGUCAUACCAGAAAAUGCAGGCACUCAGCAAGGAAGGGCCACUAACUAUGACUCACCAGUCCUAGGCCAGAGCCAGCCAAAUGGACAAUCCAUUGCUGUAACAGGGGCACAACAGCCUAUUCCUGUGACACCCAAAGGGUCACAAUUAGUGGCCGAAAGUUUCUUCCGUACCCCAGGUGGACCUACCAAGCCAACCAGCUCAUCCUGCAUGGAUUUUAAUGGUGCUAAUAAGACCUCCUUAGGAACUCUCUUUGUCCCACAGCGAAAACUGGAAGUCUCAACAGAGGAUGUCCAUUAAUCAACAGAUGUUGGCUUAGUUUAAUUUUCUAAAGAGUUGUUUAAUAGACAAAAUGUACACAGACUGAUUUGGAAAGCACAUUCUCUGAAAAUACUGUAAAUACGUUGGGGAUUUGCUCAAUGUGAAAGCAGAUAUUUGUUUUCGUACAUAUAUAUACACACACACAUAUAUUUGUAUAAAGCUCAGUUUAGCUUUCAAUCCUACAAAAUAAAAGUAAAAUGUUGAAUUCUAAGGUAUAUUAACUUCUAGGGGGAAAAAUCCAUUAUUUUAGCUGUGCCUAUGCUGUUACGCAAAGUAACUGUAUUAAAGUUUACUUCCCUCUGAGUAAAUAAGUUUGACAUGUCUAACACAGCAUUCCCUUAAACAUUUUGCACAAAGAAAAUGCUGUGUGAUGUAUAAUAUUGUAUUUUUAAAUGGGGUAUAGCUAUAUUUUUUGUAAUUUCUUUAAUCUGCUGUUGCAGUAUAUCUUUUUGUAAAGUUUGCAACAAUCCUCAAUCAAGUCUAUGGAAAAUUAUUUAUAAAAUGUAUUGUAAUCAUAAGUUGUUCAAAUUAAAACUUUUCUAAAAU